GACAAAAAAUGGAACACACCAGCAGUGUGAGGAGACCUGAAAGUGGCACAUGGCAGAGUGUGGCGAUGGAGACAGCAGCAAUGGGAGGCCGUACAGGGACCCAUGAGAGACUCUGGACCUGGCAGCAGCAUGAGGAGGCGUUGGGGCUUAUGGCAGAUUAGGGGCCUGGCAGCAGCUAUAGGAGGCCCGUAAUCUGCCAGCACCCUAUGUCAAAAAAUUCAACACACCAGCAGUGUGAGGAGACCUGAAAGUGGCACAUGGCAGAGUGUGGCGAUGGAGACAGCAGCAAUGGGAGGCCGUACAGGGACCCAUGACAGACUCUGAACUUGGCAGCAGCAUGA